AUGAUGUCUGACGAGGCGGGGUGAAAGGAAAUGGAGGGGGCAAAAAAAAAAAAAAGAGGAAAGCUUUUUGGGCUGCAUGUGGUCAAGCAUCUUCAAAGCCUCCGACUUGGUAAUGCACGGUAUCCGGGCCGCCCCCUAAACCGCCGAGUUCCAUCUCAACCUUGUACAAGUCAGGCAGGGACAAGACUGGGUAUAUUAGAUACAGGCCAUGGCGCACAUGUGUCAAACCCUGCAUGUACGACCUUUUUUUUUUUCCUCCCUCUCUUAAUCUCCCUUUGUGCCACUGGAAAAUCCCACGCGCGGUCUGACGUUUGAACGGACAGGCCCUAGCACAAACCUGUUGGGCGCUAAUCACAUCGCCGUCGUGAAUGAAACACGUCAAGGGCAAAAAAGUCAAGUUUUUCAGUUCAUCAUGAUGCAUUUCCUAGCACUCCCUCUCCUCUCCCUCCUCCUCGGUGCGGCGUCGCCGGGGCUGGCAUCACCGCACCCGCAGAGCCCCAUGCUGCUGGAGAACCGGCAACAGGGGCCGACAAAGUACGAGGUCAAGAAGCCGCCGCUGGAUACGGACUGGACGUACAAGCUAGGCACGAACCCGUGGCCCGAGCACCCGCGUCCGCUGCUCAAGCGUCCCGACUGGCAGACCCUCAACGGCAUCUGGACGUUCCGCAAGACAGACAACAGCACCGCCGCGCAGCCGCCUUCGGGCCUGCUGGACAGCGAGACCUUGAUUCCCAGCUGCGUCGAGAGCGGGAUCUCGGGCCUGCAGGAGCUCGACGCAGAGUUCAUGUGGUUUGCGCGGAGGUUCUCGGUGCCUGACGGCUGGCGGGCGAGCGGCAAGCGCGUGUUGAUCAACUUUGAGGCCGUCGACUACGAGAGCCGCGUCUUUGUCAACGGCAAGGAGCUGGCCAGCCACGUCGGUGGGUAUUUCCGCUACAGCGUCGACGUCACUGACUCGCUGGCCUCGAACGGCACCGACAACCUCCUCACCGUGUGGGUGCGCGACCCAACCGACAGGCAGGGGUCGUUUGCGCCCAUCGGCAAGCAGACGACAAGGCCGUCGCACAUCUUUUACCGCGCCUGCUCGGGCAUCUGGCAGACCGUCUGGCUCGAGUCGGUGCCGGCAUCCGGGAGGAUCACGCAACUCGACGUUGCGGCGGGCAGCGAUGGUAAAGUGACGGUCAAGGCGCACAGCAGCGCCAAUGGGACCACGGCCGAGGUCGAGGUCAAGGUUACCGAUGCGUCUGGGACCGAGGUCGGGUCUGGCAAGGGGUCUGCCAACACGGAGUUCCAGUUCACCGUCAACUCGCCCAAGGUCUGGUGGCCAGAGAGCCCGACCCUGUACAACCUGACGGUUAAGAUGGGAGAUGACAGUGUGAGCAGCUACACGGCUUUCAGGACCGUCAGUCGUGGUGAGGUCAAUGGCAUACAGAGGCCGCUGCUCAAUGGCGAAUUUGUGUUUCAAUUCGGCACCUUAGAUCAGGGGUACUGGCCUGAUGGACUUCACACGCCACCAAACUAUGAGGCCAUGGUGUCUGAUCUGAAGCUGCUCAAGAGCAUUGGGAUGAACAUGGUUCGGAAGCAUAUUAAAAUCGAACCCGACCUCUUCUACCGCGCCUGCGACGAGAUCGGUCUCAUGGUGAUCCAGGACAUGCCCUCCAUGUGCGCCGACGGCCGCCAGCCCAACGACGCCGAGCAGGCCGAGUUCGGCCGACAGCUGGAGCUCAUGAUCGAGGAGCACAAGUCGUACCCGUCCAUCGUGACCUGGGUCAUCUACAACGAGGGCUGGGCUCAGCGCCGCGACGGCCCCCCCUGGCCCGAGAACUCGCUCGUCCAGCGCGUGCGCGCCCUCGACCCGACAAGGCUGAUCGACGCCGUCAGCGGCUGGAACGAUCACGGAUUUGGCGACUUUUCCGACAACCACCACUACGCCUCGCCGCAGUGCGGCACGCCCUUCUACUCGCAGCCCGCCGGGCCGCAUGACAGCGCCCGGAUUGGGUUCCAGGGCGAGUUUGGAGGCUUGGGAAUGAACACUACCAUUGAGCACCUGUGGAACGUAGCCGACGCCAUCCGCGACAUCCCACAGACGUACGAGAUCCACCUCACCGGCGACUCGUACAACUACCGGGCCUCGCAGCUUCUGAACGAGCUGGCCGAACAGGUCAAGCGCUUCGAGUGCUCCGGCGCCGUCUACACGCAGACGAGCGACGUCGAGGGCGAGGUCAACGGACUGGUGACGUACGACCGCCGCGUGACGAGGAUUGACAAGGAGCAGUGGAAGAAGGACAUCCAAAAGAUGUACGACGAGGCUGCCCAGAGAGGCGGUAGAGCCGUCGGUGGGAAGUGAUAUGUGAGAUAAAUGGAGCUUUUGGUACAUAUCUGGGGUGUCUAUAGUUGCCUCGGUGGGGCGGCAAGCAUUGUUUUGGUUACGGUUGUAAUGCAGACCUGCCUAGAGGAUUUCCUAAGAUCGGCAGUCCCUCUAGUUAAUGAUUUAGCUAUUUUUAGACUAUUCGUAAAGUAAUUCCUUUUCCA